UAAACGUCUACUAACUUUCAAUAAGUGUGAGCACUCGCCAUUCAACAAACACCACACCCAGCCUGGCCCUGAGUUUGGUUUUGCUGGCACUAAAGUCUGUCCUGGCAGGCAGCAUCAGCCACAGGAACUGAUGGCUGGGAUCACAGAAGAGCUUUGUGAAGAUCACUGCAGGGACAGUCGGAGAAUGAGGAGCAUGGAGUCCACUUGUCAUAUGGAUGGAGAUGUGCAGAGGUCCUCUUUGCCCUCGCAGUCCCUCCAGACCUUUGAUCCCCCGACCUUUGCUUAUGAAGAAUGGGAGUGUCCUCCGAGUGCGAUCAGAUUCGGUGGCGUGCUGUUUCCACAAUGGCGUUUGCCACUGAAAGUGGCCACUGGGCUUUUUUCAGCCGUGUUCCUUUACACCUUUGUACGGGAUGUCCUCCAUGCAUGGGCGAUUCAGAGUAAGAACAAGUUCUACACAAUGCCUGUUUUAGUUAUGAACAAGGCUUUGCCCGUCACGGCUAUCACCCUUCUCGCUCUGGUUUAUCUUCCUGGAAUAUUUGCAGCCGUGAUUCAGCUGCAUAGAGGAACAAAAUAUGGCGACUUUCCUACGUGGUUACACCGCUGGCUGCUCGGCCGAAAACAGUUCGGUCUUCUCAGCUUCUUCUUCGCCGCACUGCAUGCUGCCUACAGUCUGUGCUACCCGAUGAGACGCUCCUAUGAGUACAAGGUGAUGAACUGGGCAUAUCAACAGGUGAAGGAGAAUAAAGAAAACGCCUGGGUGGAGGAUGACGUUUGGAGAAUGGAAAUCUACAUGUGCUUUGGGAUUCUCUCUUUGGCCAUCCUCUCUCUGUUAGCCGUCAGCUCCAUUCCUUCUGUUCGUAACUCCUUAACAUGGAAAGAAAUUCACUGUCUUCAGAGUCAGAUGGGAUAUUGUGCCUUGCUGCUGUGCACUGCGCACACGCUGGUGUUUGCAUGGAAGAAGUGGGUGGAGCCUCAGCAUUAUGUGUGGUACACCCCGCCAUCUUUCAUUCUCACUCUGCUGCUCCCUCUUUUGGUGCUGGUGUGUAAGUUCAUGUUAGUCCUGCCCUGCUUAGACAAGCAGCUCCAGAGGAUUCGGCGUGGCUGGGAAGCAAGAAGAACCCAAGCAGAGAGCGUGUAUUUGUAAAUUAUUCCUUGAACACGUGUAGUUUGUUAAGGAUGCUGCUUAACUAAACAGCAAUAGAUGCUGAAUUUGAACGUAUGACAAGAUCGCUUAACGCCAUUCAAAAUAAACGAAAAAUAAGUAACAGUGGAAGUCAAAUCUUGAUUCCUGGCUUGAGACUAGACUCUAUGAUAAACAUCUGUAUUACUGCGUUGUCUAUGCCUUCUUCAAGAUUUUUCUACGGCCUUCCCUUUUCUGGACCACAAAUGGAAUGUCCUCAGUGGUGGGGUCUCAACCAUGAAUAAAAACGUCUUCCACACAGACACACAUUUCAAAUGACUGUUCAGUUUUUGCUUCCUCCAUAUGUUGUACAAGAAGAGGCCUCCAAUGAGGUUAAAAUUUUGAUGUUGAGUUUUUCGGCAGACUUGAACGUUUUGGCCGUCUCAAAAUUCAGGAUGAGCUUUGAUGGUCUACUGGGAUGAAGAGUGUGCAGCAGUUCAGCUGAGCGUUUACGAUUACUUGGGAACAAGCAGAUUCUCCAAAAAAUUAAAUAGCAGGUACAAUGGCUUCAGAAAAGAUUCAGACCCUGCACCUUUUUUCACAUUUUAUGUUGCAGGUUUGUGCUUAAGUCUUAUAAAUUAUUUUUUUACCCAGCAAGCAACACUCAAGGCCAUAGAAGUACAAAGUGGAAGCGGGAUUUUAGAAGUUUUUGCAAAUUUGUUAAAAAUAAAAUACUGAAACAUUCCAUUGA